ACUGAUACCUUUAUGUUGACUCCUACUGAUGAGGAAAGUGACCACCAGCUCCUCUCUCACAACUCUCAUGUAGCUGAGAGCCAAGAUCAGAAAGGAGGCAAGCAUGGAGACUCAGGCUCAACUAGAACUGCAGAGCCAAAUGAACAGAGUCUACAUCACGAAAGCACAAGUCACAGUAACAAUGUAGACAACCCUCACCUGUCAGAGAUGCACUGUGAUACUCACACAGGUAAACAGCCUUUAAAAUGUGACACAUGUGGAAAAGACUUUAAGUAUAAAUCAUCACUGAAAAGUCAUCUGAGAAUCCACACAGGUGAGAAACCGUUUGCAUGUAAAACAUGUGGAAGAGCUUUCAGAAAAAAUGGUCAUUUGAAAGACCACAUGAGAAUCCACAAAGGAGAGAAGCCAUAUUCCUGCAACACGUGUGGGAAAAGAUUCACUCAGAAAUCAGCAUUGACGUCUCAUCAUACAAGAAUCCACACAGAGCUCCCACAGCAACAUGUCUGUAAUGAGGAGGCGGUCCUCUCUGACCAGCAGCUCUGCCCGCAGGAGGCGGGGCAGGAGGCCGGGGAGGCGGGCGGGACCACCCUGGAGGCAGCCGGAGCCACUCUGGAGGACGGCAAGGUGAACGGGACUGCUCUAGAGGCCGUGCUGGAGGCAGGCGGAGCCACUCAGGAGGCCGGCAGAGAGUCCAGGCUGGAGGCCGGCAGCAACGCUCUGGAGGCUGGCGAGGAGGCCGGGCUGGAGGCGGACGGAGCCACUCUGGAGGCCGGCAGAGAGGCCGGGCUGUAG